CACUGCCAGCGGGUGCAGGGAAGCGGUUCUUCCUCUCUGUUCAGCACCGGGGAGGCCACACCCGCCGUCCCGUGCGCAGUUUCGGGCCCCCACUGCGGAAGCCACGCGGACCCAUCGGAGAGUCCAGCGGAGCUCGACAGAAGCGGCUGGGGGGCCGGGGGACAGGCCCGGUGCAGGGAGGGAGGAAGGGCGCUGGGCUGAUUUGGCCUGCAGAAGGGAAGACCGAGAGCCCUGACAUCGCCAUCACUGACAAUGUGCUGCAUUUCAAAGCUGAGGGCCGUGGUGCCAAGGGGGACAACAUUUAUGAAUUUCAGCUGGAGUUUCUGGAACCUGUCGAGCCCAAAAAGUGCUGGGAAAGGAACACAAGUUCACUGGCAUGCAGUGGGCAGUCUGUGACUCACGCUGCAGUCUACUUGGAGAGGGCCUCUCUGCACAGAUUCGCGGAGAAACAUGUCUUCAGAUCCCCCUCCGAACAACACGCUUCAGCUGUAUCUCUGCUCCUUGGGUCUCCUCUUCCGUGAGCUCUGUUCAGCGACACUCCACACAUACAGAGUCCCACAUCCAGCCAGCGUAUAAAGUGACGCAGCGGCAGCUGAACAUCACUGUGCGGAAAAAAGAAAGCAACUGGUGGGAGAGACUUACCAAGCAAGAGAAACGCCCACUCUUUCUGGCCCCGGAUUUUGAUCGCUGGCUGGAUGAGUCGGAUGCUGAAAUGGAGCUCAGAGAAAAGGAGGAAGAAAGAAUCAACAAAAUGAGAAUAGAAUCCAGAGUCCCGAAAGAUCCUUUCAGACACCUGAAGAGAGGAUACUUGUUCAUGUAUAAUCUUGUCCAGUUUCUGGGCUUCUCCUGGAUUUUUGUGAACAUGACAGUUCGACUGUUUAUCUUGGGAAAAGAUUCCUUCUAUGAUACCUUCCACACCAUUUCUGACAUGAUGUAUUUCUGCCAGACACUUGCACUUAUGGAGAGUGUGAAUUCGUUAAUAGGACUUGUCAGAUCACCACUGAUACCUUCUCUAAUACAGGUAUUUGGAAGGAAUUUUAUUUUGUUCAUCAUCCUUGGCAGCAUGGAAGAAAUGCAAAGCAGAGCAGUGGUGUUCUUCAUAUUCUAUGCCUGGAGUAUGAUAGAAAUAUUCAGGUAUCCCUUCUACAUGCUCUCCUCCAUUGACAUGGAAUGGAAGGUCCUCACCUGGAUCCGAUACACCAUCUGGAUCCCUCUCUAUCCUUUCGGAGCCUUGGGAGAAGCUGUCUCUGUGAUACAGGCCAUCCCCAUCUUCAGUGAAACAGGAAAAUUCAGUUUGAGAUUGCCAAAUCCACUGAACGUCACAAUCAACUUUUCAUUCUUUCUUCAAAUCUACCUUAUAUUAUUAUUUUUAGGACUGUUUAUAAACUUCCGUUACCUUUACAAGCAAAGGAGGCAGAAACUUGGACCAAAAAAGAAAAAGAUGAAGUAAAGUCAGCAAAGCUGUGAUUUUGAUUCUUACCUAAUUUAUCUUAAAGAUGAGAUGA